UAAGAGAAAAACAGUUAGAAAAGAAAAGAGAGGGAGGGACUUGGGGAGGCCAUGGGGGUUGAGGAGGAGUUGCAUGCUAAGGCGCAAGUAAAUAUACCUGCAUUGCAUUUGCCCUUCUUAGCUUUCAUUCUUAUCAACGCCUAGCAACAUCCGGAACACCUUCGAAUCAGAACGCCUUAGCUUUUCAAUCAUUAUUUCUCCUCCACGAUUAAAGCUAAGCGACCUCAGAUUUGUUGAAAAUGGCAGAUUAUUGGUCGAUCCUUCAAUAAUUCACGCAAUUUAGGUAGAUACAUUAGUUUUCCACUUUGAUUUCCCCUUAUUUAGGCGUUAAAUGGUGUUUUCAGGCUGGGUUUGCGAGGAUUGAAGAUUUCAAGUAGCUUGGGAUGGAAUGCGUGGAAAUUUAGGGUUCCAUUGAAGGGUCUUAAGCUGCUGCAGAGCUUAGAGUUUUUUAGUUGGGCAUGGCUCAUGAUACAUCGAAUAUGGUUAAUGGAGUUGGUGUUCAAGUGAUAACUUUUAUUGCAUUUCGCUUUUUUACGUUCCCUUGGUAAUGGGAGCUUAGAAUGACAGCAUUCUAUCUCGAAGGAGAGAUUUGUAUUUCUUUGUGCCGCUGAGGAGGAGAAGAAUUAAAGUGCAUAGGGAUCGCCUGUUAUACAUCUUCCUGUGUUGGGAUUUUGGAUGGAGUUCCUGAGUAUUCAUUUGAGUUCUUCAUCUUCAUGGAAUGAAUAAAGAAUUUUUGCUCGGCCUUUUAGCGCAGAAGUCGCUGUAAGGUUUUUAUGGGGCGUAUUUGGACAUUGUCUUGUUACCUUCCAGAAACUUUGUUUUGUUCAAAUGGGUUUUAUUCUGCACGGGGGGCAGUUCCUGAUCUUGCAACGUGAAUGGCUGGUUUGCAGAGGACUGGUCAUUCUGAGAGGGAUGUAGAGCAGGCUAUCUUGGCCCUUAAGAAAGGGGCAUAUCUGCUAAAGUAUGGGCGCAGAGGGAAGCCUAAGUUUUGCCCAUUCCGUCUUGCUAAUGACCUGGUAACAGAAUGCACGAUUGGUAGUGGUAAAGUGGAUGAGUCUCUACUGAUAUGGUAUUCUGGCAAAAAGGAGAAACAGCUUGUGCUAAGUCAUGUAUCGAGGAUUAUACCUGGGCAGCGUACUGCAAUAUUUAAGCGAUAUCCACGGCCUGAUAAGGAAUACCAAUCUUUUUCCCUAAUAUACAGUGAUAGAUCCUUGGAUUUGAUAUGUAAGGAUAAGGAUGAAGCUGAAGUCUGGUUUGUUGGCCUUAAGGCAUUGAUUGCACGUGGUAGCUACCGCAAAUGGAAACCUGAACCAAGGAGCGAAAGAAUUUCAGCUGAUAGUCCAAACUCCCAUACUCGAAGAAAUGAUUUAUUCUAUAAGGAUCCUGGAGACACCCAACAAAUUCUGUUUCCCUGUGAGAGCCUUCCACAAAUUGGUUUAGGAAAGGCAUUCUCCGAUGUAAUAUCAUAUACUGCCGGUGCCAAGGUUCCCACCCUUUCAGAGUCAGUUGCCAAUUCUUUCACCUCCUUUUCAUCUGGCGCUGAUAAUUCUAAUGGUCGAGGUUCUACAGCAGAUAAUGUCAGAAUUAGUUCAUCAAGUGCAGUUAGCUCAUCGAGCCAGGGAUCUGGUCAUGAAGAUUUUGAUGCUUUAAGUGAUGUUUUCAUCUGGGGAGAAGGCAUUGAGGAUGGGAUCCUUGGUGGUGGUACUCAAAGGGUUGGAAGUUCAUCUGCCACCAAGGUGGAUGCGCUUUUCCCAAAGGCACUAGAAUCAUCAAUGGUACUUGAUGUCCAUAAUAUUGCUUGUGGUGGGAGGCAUGCUGUUUUAGUCACUAAACAAGGGGAAAUCUUUAGCUGGGGAGAGGAGUCAGGAGGCAGGCUUGGGCAUGGAGUAGAAGCUGAUGUUUCCCUGCCAAAGCUCAUUGAUACUCUCAGUGGCAUGAACAUUGAAGUAGUCACAUGUGGGGAGUAUCACACUUGUGCUGUUACCUUAUCUGGAGAUCUCUAUUCGUGGGGUGAUGGUAGUCACAAUUCUGGUCUUCUUGGGCAUGGGAGUGAGGCAAGUCACUGGAUCCCUAAAAAAGUAAGUGGUCAAAUGGAAGGGAGACAUGUUUCAUCUGUCUCUUGUGGAGCUUGGCAUACUGCAGCUGUAACAUCUUCAGGACAACUUUUUACAUUUGGGGAUGGAACUUUUGGUGCCUUGGGCCAUGGAGAUCAUAGUAGCGUUAGCAUUCCCAGAGAAGUUGAGACUCUAAGAGGACUACGGACAAUGGGGGUAGCUUGUGGUGUUUGGCACACUGCUGUGGUUGUGGAAGUCAUGGACGAGUCAUCUGGUUAUGAUAACUCCUUUUCUGGAAAGCUCUUUACCUGGGGAGAUGGGGAUAAAGGCCGACUUGGGCAUGGUGAUUAUGAACCAAGGCUAGUUCCAGGACGUGUUGCUGCUUUGGCUGAAGAAAGUUUUUCUCAAGUAGCCUGUGGACAUGACAUUACAGUUGCUCUUACAUCCUUGGGACGAGUAUAUACAAUGGGAAGUACCAUUUAUGGACAGUUGGGGAAUCCCGAGGCUGAUGGAAAGCUUCCCGCUUGCAUCGAUGGCAAGGUUGGCAACUGUUUUGUAGAGCAAAUAACUUGUGGUUCUUAUCAUGUUGCUAUUUUGACCUCUAAACCUGAAGUUUACACUUGGGGAAAGGGGGCAAAUGGCCGACUAGGACAUGGAGACAAUGAUGACAGACAUAAGCCUACGCUUGUUGAAGCUUUGAAAGAUAAACAAGUUAAGCGUGUAGCAUGUGGUUCAAAUUUCACAGCUGUCAUCUGUCUUCAUAAAUGGGUGUCUAAUGCUGAUAACUCAUUAUGCUCUGGUUGUCGCAAUCAAUUUGGGUUCAGGAGAAAACGCCAUAAUUGUUAUAACUGUGGGCUAGUGUUUUGCAAAGUGUGCACUAGUAGGAAGUCAUUAAAAGCUUCAUUGGCUCCAAAUAUGAACAAGCCCUACCGUGUAUGCGAUGAUUGUUUUCUUAAACUCAAGAAGGUGGUGGAAACCGGAUCAACCCACAGUGGAGUUUUACAGAAUAGCUCCAGUGAGAUGGUAGCAAAAGAGACUUCUGAUUCUAGGUUACGUGGUCAACCCAUGAGGCUCUCCUCAGUUGACUCUUUCAAGCAGGCUGAAGUCAAACAGUCCAAGCGCAACAAGAAAUUGGAAAUGAAUAAUAGCCGUUUCUCACCCACUUUGAAUGGAAGUUCUCAAUCAGGGAGCUUUUUUGUGUCCAAAACGUCGACCUCCUUGUUUGGGUCAUCAAUAAAAAUGUCUUCUGCAUCUGUUCCUGGUUCAAGAGUGGCUUCCCGGGCAACAUCUCCCAUAUCCGGAAAGCCUAUUUCACCUCAUUCUGCAACACCCUCGUCAACACUUGUAACAUCACCUGAAAUCAUUGCUGAUGGUCCAAAGCAUACAGAUGACAGCAUCAUCCAAGAAAUUGCUAAGUUGCGGGCACAGGUAACUGCAUCUUUAAUGCAUAAUUUGGCAGUAUUAAUAUUCAAGUUUGUAGUCAUGCUUACUUUUCUACUUGUGAUAGGGUAUGUUGCUUCACAAUGCAUUUACAAGGUAUUGGCUUGCUAAUAUGUCUAUUACAGCAAUGUUUUUCUAAAAGAUACAACA